AUGACGAGUUUCGAAUACAAGCCAAUUGGCCUUGAAGGACCUGCCUUUCGCCUUCUUCGACUGCUCAAAGGCGACGACGACCCUAUUCAGGGUCGGCUUUUUGACUCAAAGCUCCCCCCACCAGCCCCACCAGAAUAUGUCAGAGAUUAUGCGGCAUUAUCUUACACAUGGGGUAGCAAAUCCAGACCAUUUACCAAAAAUGCAUAUCUUGCACUUCGGGAUCUCCGUUACCAAGAAAAAGACCGGAUUCUUUGGAUUGAUGCUCUUUGCAUUAAUCAAAAUGAUAAUAAAGAACGAGGAGAGCAAGUCCAGCAGAUGGGAUCUAUUUACAGCGAGGCUGAACGAGUAAUUAUCUGGUUAGGCGAAGCUACAUAUGAUACAGAUUAUGUUAUGCAUUAUAUGGAGCAACUGGAGAAAGAGAGCACCAAACAUGCCUCUAAUGACCAGAAAAUUUCAGACAAGCAGUGGGUGAAUAUCUGGUCAGCGGUGGUACACAAUUUAAUCGCUGACCAAAGAGACCUUCUGAUUGAAGGCUUACGGUCGCUCCUUCGUCGAAAUUGGUUUAAGAGAGUCUGGAUUCUACAAGAAGUUGCCAACGCGCGAGUUGCCGAAAUCGUUUGCGGUGGCAAAUCUGUUUCGGCAAGCAUCUUCGCUCUUACGCUAUCUUUACUAGAGAUCACCCCAGACCCGCACUGUCAACCUAUCUUAGAUAUUAUGCCAGGUCCUCUCCGGAAUAGCUCUUGGUGGGCCAAAAAGCGGGAUCUUUACACAUUGCUAGUCAAAUUCUGCGGAAGCGAAGCGACUGACCCACGAGAUAGUAUUUAUGCCUUACUAGGCAUAUCUUCAGAUGCAUGCGAUACUGAUUUUCUGAGAGCAAACUAUAAAAAGAAUCUUCAAGAUGUUAUUUUCGAUACUACCUUAUUCUUACUCAACUUUAACAAUAAGCGGUCAAAUGCUGCUGUCAUGGGCUGCAAGGAAUGGGCACGAGGCGGUGGUGAAGCUGCUACUGGAGAAAGGCGCUGUGCUGGAGACUGA